UGUUGAUCACGAAUUUCCUUUUGAUAUGGGGUGGGCUCUAAAAGAGAGUAUGAAGCUUGGUAAUAAAGAUGUGGGAAAGCGCAUGAAAAAAAGAGUAUUACUGUAUUUGCAAGGUUUUUUUUUAGCAGGAAACUUGAGAGUUGAAGAUCAUUACUUACCUGAAGAUAUACAUACCAGUUUAGAAGAAUUGGCUGAAAAGGGAGAACUUGACUUUGAAGAAAUACCAACAGUAAAAACAAUAAAAGCUUGGAUAGGAAGAUAUAGUACAAAUUUUAAAAAAGAGGUGUCAGAAAGAGCACUGUCAGGAAAUAAUGAUUGCA